GUGGCCAUGGUUCUGGUACUGUUGGUGGCCAUUCCUCUGUUGGUCCAUACGACCAAAGGGAGGAGCACCGGGGACGGAGGGAGCCAUUAUGAAAUGCUUGGAAGCUGCAGGAUGGUAUGUGACCCUUAUGCCACGGGCCAGCCGGGCCAGGAGCUGACAGCUGUGUCCCCACCACCCCAGGAUUACUCUGGAAAGAAGAUCAAGUCUGGGCUUAGAGGGCCUCCAGGGGUCCCCGGCCCUCAAGGAGCACGAGGACCCCCUGGGGAGCCAGGUAAACCAGGGCCACAGGGGCCGCCAGGUCCUGGUCCUGGCGGCUACUCUCCCUCACUUUACACGCCUAAGAUCGCCUUUUAUGCAGGGCUACGCAAGCAGCACGAGGGCAGCGAGAUACUGAAAUUUGACGAUGUGGUGACCAAUGUGGGGAACUACUAUGAGCCCAGUACCGGCAAGUUCACCUGUCCUCUUCCUGGCAUCUAUUUCUUCACCUACCACGUUCUGAUGAGAGGGGGCGAUGGGACCAGCAUGUGGGCAGACCUAAAGAAGAAUGGACUGGUAAGAGCCAGUGCCAUCGCUCAGGACGCUGAUCAGAAUUACGACUACGCCUCCAACAGUGUGAUCCUGCAUUUGGACGUGGGCGAUGAGGUGUGCGUGCAGCUGGACGGAGGGAAGGUUCACGGAGGGAACACAAACAAGUACAGCACCUUCUCCGGCUUCCUCAUCUACCCCGACUGAACCCCAACUUACUGACAACGGACACUAACACAAACAUAAGAGAAAUCCACAUUUAUGUAUGCAAAAUAAUGCACACACACUGACA